AUGAAGGGCGUGAGCUUCUUCAGCGUUCCCCUUUUGUUGCAGCAGCAGAGACGAGCUGGGAGGCCCCGCACCGCGCACUUCGCCUUCCACUUCGCCCGAGCUUUCCCGCGUUUCGGGACUGCCUUCGGCGUGUUUUAUUUCGCAGUCUUUUGCUGCUGCAUCGGCAGCUCGCAGGCCUUCAGCAGCGCCGCUGCUGCUGCCUUCCGGGGGGCCCCGCUGCACCUGCUGGGCUCGGGGGGCUGGGGCCCCAGCGAGGCCUCCUUAGCAGCGCAGCAGCAGGCGUAUGGCUCUCUUGCUGCAGCAGCUGCAGCAGCUGCUUCCAAAGAGCCCCCACUUGCUGCUGCACUUCCUCGAGAUGAGCAGAUGAAGGGCGGCAGCCCUCCAGCCUUUUCCCCCGCGGCCGCCGACGCCCCCCCGCAGCAGCAGCAGCAGCAGCAGCAGCAGCAGGGGGGGGAGGAGGAGGCGCUUUUGGAAAUGAAGCCCCGGGCGGCGCGGGAGGCGGCAGCGCCUGUUCAGGUGUAUGUACAGUCCAGAGACGCUGGGAGAGGCCGCAGCAGCAGCAGCAGCAGCAGAUCUCUUCUGGGGUCGCUUUUUAGUUGGUUUAAGAAAGAUGCUGCUGCAGCAGACCUGGCAGCAGUUGCUGCUCUCGCCCAAAAGCUGCACCGCUGGAACCUCCACCGGCAGCAGCAAAACAAAUCCAAAACGAAACUCAUCUUCGCCAUGAGACACGGCGAAAGCAAAUUCAACGUUUGGCGCAGAGAGGCCUUCACCAAGCUCAGGUUUAGAGAUAUGCUGAGACGAGACUGGGGCGAAUGCGAUGUGCCUCUGUCAGCAGCAGGAGAGCUGCAGUGUACAGACGCAGGGGCGCAGCUGGGCCGGCUGCUGGCAGCAGUGCGGCAGCUGGAGCAGCAGCAGCAGCAGCAGCAGCAGCGCGGCCCCGCGAAGCUCCUCAGGCCUUUCUGCGUUGACGCCUUUCUUGUGUCUCCGCUCACUAGAGCGCUGCAGACAGCUGCGAACACUUUUUACGGGGCGGACCCGAGCUGGCAGUGCAGCGGCGCAGUCGCUGCUGCUGCAGGUGCUGCUGCUGCUGCUGCUGCUGCCGCGCGGGGGCUGCUGCUGCUGCAGCAGGCCGGCAGCAUCGAAGAGUGCGUGCUGGACUUCGGGCUGCUGGCGGAAGGCGACGAGUGGUGGGCCCCCGAAAUCGAAGAACAGUUGGAAGCUCUGAACGAAAUCUUUGCAGAAAGUUUGAAGAGCAGCAGCAGCAGCCUGCUGUCGGACACGGCGAGCACGGCGGCCUCGGAAAGCGGGGGGGAGCAGCAAAACGAACAAGUCCUCGUUCUCGGGAAAGCAGCAAAGAGACCCUUAACUGCUGCUGAAGGGGCCGUUCGAAGGGCCCUGGAGAUCGCAGAAAAGCCCGCGAGGGCGCCGCUGGCCGCCCACCGAAGGCUCAAGGAGUGGCGCCUCCGGAAUGGAAAGCUGCCGAUAUAUCAGACGGUGGCCAACGAAAGUUCCAAUUUGCUGGACCUUCGCGCCAAAUUGCUCUUGUCAGUCCUUUGUAGAGCUGAAGGAAUGGACUCCGCCUUCAUCGUGAGCCACUCUUUGUUCCUCAAGGCGCUCACGGGCACCCGAAAAUUUGCAAAUGCGGAAAUCCGCGUCUUCUCUCUUGUCUGCGACGACACCCCGAGACUGAUCCCGCUCUAA